AUGCACACUUCACAACGCCACCAUGGUGCCGAGUACAUAGAACUCUCAGCAGGAACAGCCGAUCAUCAUCAUCAUCAUCAUCAUAGCACAGACCUUGACGACGUCGACGAUCCACCUGAUGACCCCAGCAGUAUUGAACGGCAAGCAAUGCUCUCGCCAACAAAACGACGCUAUUCCGAUGUCGAAUCGCAACCACUCGCUUCCAUGAGCGACUCACGUAGACUCUCCUCAUCAUCAACGCCAUUCCUUGUCGACAGCGAUCCCGUUAUCAACAACGAUAAGGAUAGUAUCAUGGAGACCGGCUAUACUUCAAUCAUGGCACGAGAGGCUCUUCCUUCACUCAUCAUAUCGGUCAUUGGUCUCAUUGUUGCUGGUGUGCUCAUGGACAAAUUUCAGGGAUGGGAUGUGUUUACAAAGACCCCAGAGUUGUUCAUCUUGGUACCCAUUCUAUUGAAUCUCAAGGGCAAUUUGGAAAUGAAUCUAGCUGCUCGAUUUUCCACAGCGGCCAAUUUGGGAGAGCUUGAUCAUGGACCCACACGGCGUUCACUGGUUAUUGGCAAUUUAGCCUUAUUACAAGUACAAGCUUUGGUAUCGGGUGCUAUCGCUGGCCUUGCCUCUUUUGCUCUUGGGUUGGUAACCAAACCAGGUGGAAAUGCCAGCACCUACUUUGAAUGCAUGUACAUGACAUCAAGUGCCAUGAUUUCUGCUGCCGCUUCAAGUGCCAUCCUAGGCGUGUUCAUGUGUGGUCUUAUUAUCCUUUGUCGUCAUUUGCGUGUGAAUCCAGAUAAUAUUGCUUGUCCAAUGGCUUCAUCCACUGGGGAUAUUGUGACACUAGUACUCUUGGCUGGAUGUGCUGUAGGAUUACAAGGGAAAAUGCAUUCACUAUUGAGCACGUUCCUGUUCCUUGCCAUGGUCGCAUUACUACCUCUCUUUGGGAUCAUUGUAUGGAAGAACGUACAUGUCAAGGAACUUUUAUUCGGUGGUUGGACCCCCAUUCUUGUGGCCAUGGUGAUUUCCAGCUUGGCCGGCGUGGUUCUGGAAAAGUACGUUGAAGAGUACAAAGGCGUGGCGUUAUUGACUCCAGUCUUGAUCGGAUUAGCGGGCAAUCUCGGCUCCAUUUACGCCUCCCGUAUCAGCACUUGCUUGCACUGCGAGACAAAAGAGGAUUACAAGCUGGUCGAAUUUACACUAUUGAUCAUGAACAUUCCUGUUCAAGUGGUUUUCCUUAUCAUUAUUUGGGCCUUUCACAUGGGUCAGCUCAACUAUAACUUUUGGUUUUGCUUGGCAUAUUUUUGCGUCAGCAUGAUUUGUACAUGGAUAAGUCUCAAAUCGGGCAAGAUCAUGACGCUAGCCUUUUGGAAAAGAGGUUUCGAUCCAGAUACCUACGUGCUUCCUUAUCUAACGGCUGGUAUUGAUGUUGUUGGAACGGGGCUCUUGGUACUAGCAUUUGCAUUUCUUACGGUCUCUGGUGCCAACGAUAUGAGCCAACAAGUGGCUGGUCAAUCCCAAUGA